AUGUUUACACAAUCCCUUCACUUCUCAAUUGAGUUGAAAGACAAUCAACACUUCCGGACAUUAUCUCAAACUUUAGAUCAAUUGAGUGAUGAAACGUAUGGAUCGGUUGGACAUCACAUGAAGACUGAAUUUGAAGACCGACUGAAAAGUCAAUCAAAUGAUCGGAAAUUAAGACAAAGAUAUGAAACACAAGAAGUAAAUCAAAGUAUUGAUGAUAACAGCGAUGGCGUGAAUGAAGACAUGUUUGACAAUAAAUAUUCAUUAAAUUCAAUGACUGAUGAAAUGCAGACAUUAAUAAACAGCACUUCAAAGCCAUCGACAUCUCAAUCAUCACAAGAGAUGGCAAACAAAGACAUGAAUAGAAAGAGUAGUAAAUGCCGCAAGAGUUGUAAGAGUUAUCCGACGGACGCAUACUUUGUGCAGCAUUUGAUGAGAACUCAUAGAUUAAAACAAUACUUCUGCACUCAUGAGGGCUGUGGUCAAGCAUUUAAGAUUAAGCGCAACUUAACUACACAUGAAUUGAUUCACAAUACCGUCAAACCAUUUCGUUGUCCACAGAAUGGCUGUCAAUACAAAUGCAUUAGUGAUGACUAUUUGAGAGCACAUCUGAAGAGACGGCACAAUAUCGAUAAGAAGAGGACACCAAUGGAUCGCACGGAUAGAGUGGCCAUUGAAUCGGAACCACUGAUCAAAGACACGAAAUUCUUUACGUUAAACACUUCGGAAAGAAAUCGAUGCUUUGAUCCGAAGGCGAAGACCUGGAAGUGUCCGGCGAUUGAGUGCCAGAAGGCAUACAAAACGCGUAAACAAUUGAACCAACAUUUAAAUACCGUUCACAGAGAACCCCGAUUUAAAUGCCAUUACGAUGGCUGCGAAAAGAUCUUUUCUACCCGUCCCGGUCUGGACAUCCAUAUACUGAUCCAUAAAAAUAUUAGACGAUUUAAAUGCGAUUACAAAGACUGUGUUUUUAGAGGCGUUACCAGUGGUGCUCUGACCACACAUAUGGUCACACAUGUGACAGACAAACAAGUGUUUCAAUGCCCGGCCGACGGGUGCGGCAAAUGGUUUAAAACUCGCGCCGUGUUAGCCGUACACUCGCGGACACAUCUGAGCGAACCGUCGUUCCGGUGCGGCGCCGAUGGAUGCGAUGCUAUAUUUUUUAAUAAGAAUCAAAGAAUCAAACAUCAGGUCUGUGUCCACAAUAGGAAAUAUAAGAGUCCGAAACCGCAUCGAAAGCAACGGUGCGAUUGGCCCGGAUGUGAGUAUUCGGGAAUUGGUAUUAUUAGUCAUAAACGCAAACAUACGGGAGAGCGACCACAUGUGUGCGUUUGGCCCGAUUGUGGUAAACGCUAUGGAAAUAAACUCCGAUUGAGAGAUCACAUGAAUAUGCAUAACAAUGUGCGCCCAUAUGUGUGUCAAUGGCCCGGAUGUGAGUACACGACUACCGGUGCCUCCUAUUUGUUUAAUCAUAAGAAGUUUGUUCACAAAAUGUAA